AUGUUAUUUACUCAUAAAACGAGUAAUAGUGGUAACUCUUUUCGCAGCAGCUACUGUUUUCAUGGCUUGUGCGAUGCUUGGAACUGUGGUAUUUUUCAAGUAGUGGUGGGCAAGAAUGGUGGUAAAGGUAGUAGAAAGAAGAGUACGGCUCACGUUCUACACGUUGCAAGAGAGGAAACACACUCCAUUGCCUGUGUGGAAUGGAAACUCAAAUUAAAUGUUACUACAACCGAGGUCUACUCAUGCCUCGAAGGACCGGAGCUUGGUAUGGAUAGGGCACACAUCCUGAUUCGAAAACAAAUGAAUAAAGAGAUGAUUAAAGUCCUUGUUGAUGAGGUAAUUUCAUAUCCUGAAGACACUCCGAGGAGCAGAAGCAAUGGGCUCGGAAAGACAAAGAUUACGGACGAAGAAGCAGUAUUGAUGGACCUCAGAGCCUUGGCAAGAGCGGAUAUAUGA